AUGGAGAUCAGGCUGAGCUCGUUCAAAAGAGAGCACUCUCUUAGAGAGCUGCUGUCGAAAGACAUGUCUGAGUACUGGGCCACGGAUGAUGUGCUUCCACACUCUAUCCAGAUAUCCUUUGACAGGGUCCGGUAUGUCCAGUCUGUGCAGCUGUUCUUGAGUUUCACGCAGGAUGACAGCUACACGCCGGAAAAGAUCGGGGUCAGAUGCGGGCUGACCAGGGAAGACGUUAGAGAAAUAAGCUCUGUCGAGCUUGUGGAGCCUGAGGGGCUCCUGACGCUGAGUGUUGCAAGGAAAUGCAUUUAUAUCCUGGUUGUGAUCAACUCUAACCACCAGGAGGGAAAGGACAGUCAUGUUAGGCACCUGAAGAUUCUGGAGUCGUCGACAAAGGAGAUUUACUACAAGAUAUGA